AUGGAGUCGCCGAACGGAGAGCCUACCUUUUUCUGCCUGCGGUCCUACCAGGCUGAAAUGGUCGAGGAGAGCUUGAAGCAAAACAUCAUUGUUGCUAUGGACACGGGCAGCGGGAAGACCCACGUCGCAAUAUCCCGUACUGCUGCCGAGCUCGAAAGCUGCAACCCAGACCAGCUGGUCUGGUUUAUUGCGCCUACUGUCACCCUCUGCCACCAGCAGUUCUGUCUCUUUGAGAAGCAUCUCCCCGCAUAUGAGAUCCGCUUUCUCAGCGGCAAUGAUAACGUCGACCGCUGGACGGAUCAGAACAUUUGGGAUGCCGUUCUCAGAAAUGUCCGCAUCGUCGUGUCGACCCCGGCUGUGCUGCUGGAUGCUCUGACCCAUGCCUUUGUGAAGCUCCCCCGACUUGCGCUUCUGAUAUUCGACGAGGCCCACAUGUGUCGAGGCAACCAUCCUGCCAGUGCCAUCAUGCAGAGAUUCUACCACCCACUGCUUGCAAAUGGCGAUCGCGACAGCCUGCCCAAGAUCCUCGGCUUGACAGCGAGUCCGGUCGUCAGUGCAAACGCAAGCGGCCUGGAGAUUAUCGAACGCAGCCUCAAUGCAAUCGCCAAAACUCCCAAGAUUCAUCGAACAGACCUCCUUCGCUUCACACACAGGCCUGAGCUUGUGCAGUUAAAUUACCCUGGUCAAUAUUUAGACCCCUCUGCCGGGCCACCAGUCCUUGCUGCUCUGGCUAACGUCUAUCACGCGUACGACAUCUUGGAGGAUCCAUACAUCCUUAGUCUGCGUAAAAAAGCAUCAGAGACCACGGAUGAGACCCGGGACCAAGUCUUAAGAGAGCUGGAGAAGCUGCUACACAAUAGAAAGACAUAUAUCCACGAGCAGCUGAAGAAGCUCUACUCGCGAGCGCUCGGUAUCUAUAAUGAGCUUGGUGGACCUCCAACAGAGUUCUACAUCCGGAGUUGCAUCGCCAAGUUUGAUGCCUUCUUAACCAACUCAAGCCACUUGCUACUUGACUGGUCAUCAGCCGAAGGCAAGCAUCUCCACGACAUGCUCGCGACCGUGGCCGCAGCCCCGCCUGUGAGCCAGCAUACGGGAAUACAUGACAGUCUAUCACCAAAGAUGAAUACUCUCGUCGAUCUUCUUCUGUCUGAAUGGAAUGCUGACUUUACCGGCAUCAUCUUCGUCGAGCAGCGCGCUACCGUUGCUGCAAUGGACCAUGUUCUGUCGAACCACCCUCGGCUUCGGGACUUGUUCAGUGUCGGCACCUUUGUCGGCACCUCCAUGACCGUUCACAGGAAAUCCCAUCUCGGCAUCGGCGACCUGGUAGAAAUCAAACACCAGCAGCAGACUCUUGAAGAAUUCCGCGCUGGCAAGAAAAACCUUAUUGUCGCAACCGCCGUUCUGGAAGAAGGUAUUGAUGUAUCCAACUGCCAUAUUGUCAUUUGCUUCGAACCCCCCAAGAACCUCAAGUCUUUCAUUCAGCGCCGCGGCCGUGCGAGGAAGAAGGACUCAAAGUUUGUCAUCAUGUUCCCUGACGACUCCACCUUUGUCAAGUCUCCAGAAAUGUGGUUGGACCUGGAAGAGCAAAUGAAGGAGGCGUAUUUGAAUGAUCAACGGGUAGUCCAAGCAGCAGAACAACGCGAAGAACUCGAAGAGGAUGGAGACGACACCUACCGCUGCGAAUCCACGGGGGCGCUUCUCACGCUCGAUAACGCAAUGCAACAUCUGUACCAUUUCUGCGCCAUUCUCGGCGACGGACAACACGUGGAUCUACGGCCUCGGUUCUUCUUCACGGUAGAUCAAAAUGAUCGCACGACUGCUACCGUCACCUUGCCGAGCUCAGUGAGCAAAAUGGUCCGCCAGCAUCGAGGCACAGGAUCAUGGUUGACGGAAAGGGCGGCUAGAAAGGAUGCUGCCUUCCAAGCCUAUGUUGCCUUACAUAAAGCGGGCUUGGUGAACGACAACCUAUUGCCUUUACCGAGUGAUCCAGAAGACCAGCCGGAUUUUGGUGUUGUCGACAAGAGGCCAGCUAUGAUCGAGGUCCACCCCCGUCUGGAUCCAUGGAUACCACUGGCUCAGCUCAUCAGCUUAUCGACACCAUUAGAUCCAUGGUAUAGGACGAAGAUGACAAUAUCUAUGGAACCACAACCAGUCACAUUGGUCAUCCUUCUACCCCAGCCGAUGCUGCAUGUCCCUGACUUCUUACUUCAUUGGAACGAGACUAUUCGUUACACACUAAGCAGCGAACCAAUGGAUGCCAUAACUCUCAGCAAAGACGAAGUGACAUCACUCCAACAUUCAACGCGGACUCUUCUAUACGAGAUCUUCCAGACACGUAUGGUUGAAGAAAGAUACGAUUUCCCUUUCUUAAUUGCUCAGCCGGGUGCCUAUGGCGAAGGCGAACGCCAGUUUCUAGAGUUUGGCGGUGAAAGCAGACCUGCACUUGAGGUCUACGCCGAGCUUCAGGCUGGCCUCAGCCCCACGAUAGGUCUUCUACAUCCGAAAGGAGUUGUAGGCGCCCCUUUGAUGUUCCGCCGCUUCCAAAUUCCUGAUAUCAGCAUGACCGAAGACGAGAAUCUCCAGCAAGAAGAAGAGGCGACUGUCCAAGUUGUCUGCUCAGCAUUUCCCAAAAGGCGUGACUUCCUGCAUUAUAUCAGAGAUUCGGCCCAAUAUGGCAUGUAUACGAAGGAAACCAUACUACCAGCCGAAGGUUUCCUCAUGAGCAGGCUACCAGUAGCUUAUUCCAUGUUCGCGGCUUUCCUGCCAUCGAUUUUGCACCGCUACGAGCUUUUCAUGAUCGUUCAAGAGCUUUGCGACACUGCAGUACGCUCCGUUGGUUUUACUAAUCAUGAACUGGUACUGCGCGCCAUCACCGCAUCGUCGACGAACGAAAAUGACUACCAGAGACUGGAAUUUUUGGGGGAUUGCAUAUUGAAAUACAGCACCGCGGUCCAGCUCAUGGCAGACUUCCUCCACUGGCCCGAGAGCUAUCUCACUGAACGUAAAGAUCGCAUUGUUUCCAACGGUGCACUCGCUAAAGCCUCACGCCGCACCGGCCUCGACAAAUUCAUCAUCACUAAGGCCUUCACGGGCUCCAAAUGGCGGCCACGCUAUGUGCAAGAUAUCCUAGCCACAUCUCAAGCUGCUCUACAAGAGAGUCAAACGCUAUCUACCAAGACCCUGGCUGAUGUGGUCGAGUCGCUCAUCGGUGCCGCCUUCGUUGAGGGCGGCAUACAUAAAGCGCACCUCUGCACAUCCACCUUCCUCACCAGCCUCGAAUGGAAGUCGCUGCACCACUGCCGCACGAUCCUGCAGGACCACGCGGCGGAGGAACACGCGUCAGCGCCAGUGCUCCACCUCGAGCGCGUUGAGGAGCUCAUCGGAUACACGUUCAAGAACAAGUACCUCCUCCUCGAAGCCCUGACACACGCGUCCUUCACCGCGCCCCGGGAAGCCGCCUCCUCAUCCUACCAACGUCUCGAGUAUCUCGGCGACGCCGUCCUCGACUACAUCAUCUCCGGCCGGCUGUACGCGCACCGCAGAAAGCCAGCAGCCAACGCCAACGCCAGCAACGACGGCGGUAGCACGAUCCCACCCCGCGGCCACGCCGCCGACGAGCUGCCGCACUGGACGAUGCACUCCAUCCGGGCCGCCCUCGUCAACGCGUCUUUCCUCGCCUUCCUCUGCAUGGAGGCCACCAUCUUCGAGCCGCGAACCGACGUCGUUUUCGCUCCUUCAUCCACCACGACAGCCGCUCCCCUUCCCCUUUCGACAGCACUGGCAAACGAGCAACCGUACACCGUCCCCGGCACGCCCUCCCGCAAGGCGCUGUGGCACUUCCUGCGACACUCGUCGCCGACGCUGCUCGCCUCCGCCACGGCCGCUACCGCCCGGCACGAGCGCUAUAGCGAAGACAUCUGGCGCGCGCUGCGGCAGCAUCGCCGGUACCCCUGGCGGCUGUUCGCCAAGGUUGGGGCGGAGAAGUUCUUUUCGGACAUCGUCGAGGCGGUGCUGGGUGCUGUCUUUAUCGAUUCGACGACAAACAGUUCUUUGUCUGUUGGUGAUAAUGAGAUGGUUGACGGGGCAGAGGGACAGGAGAAAAAUGGAAAGGUUGUGCUGGAGGAAGAGGAGGAACUUGAAGCCUGCGAGCGGUUUCUGGAGAAGAUCGGAUUGAUGGACGUGCUGGAUAGGUUCAUGAGGGACGAGGUCGACUGUUUGCACCCAAAGACGCAGCUGGGGCGGUUGGCGGGUAGCGAUAAGGUGGUUUGGGAGUGGGACGAAGGGGACUUGGACGCUGGCGAGGCGGAGUCGCCGGAGGGAGGAAUGAAGGGGAAGAGGUUUAGGUGUAGAGUCGGCCUUGGGGAGACAUGGGUUGGUGACUGGGUUGACGGGGAGACUAGGCACGGUGCAGAAACGGAGGCGGCGGAUCGGGCGGUGUUGACCUUGGUGGCGCAAGGGCGAAGUUGGAGGGGGAUGGAGAGGUGGGAGGGUGCGAGUGGCGACGAGAUCGAAGGUGGAAAUGGUGAUGGAGAUGAAGUGAAGAGCGAAGAGAGUGAAGAAGUCGAUCAGGUUGUUGCUGGUGCUGUGAUUGGGGACGAUUCGGACAUGGAUGAUGCUACUCCUCAGCCAUCUCAUGCGAUUUAA